CAGAAUGUUUAGUUUUCCAUCGGUGGAGGUCGCCAGCUGUACUGUGUCGGGCUCAUCCACACUUACUUUCUAGAGUGCCGUCGAUGGGUUUGACUCAAAGCACAGACGCCCACCUAUCCGCUCUCUCCGACUCACUUUCCACCGAGCGCUUCAAAAUGGCGGCAGCUUCAUCCAUCCAGCCGCCGAACGUGCACUCGAUAAAGCGGGAAAAUUCACCUCACCCGGAAUCCGACAGCCCCGCGAGCCGACAGGAAGAGGACGCAGCAUCCGAGGGGAUCACCAUCCUAAGAGAUCUACCCGAACUUGAUCCCGAGGAGAUCGAGAAACGGCUGGAGAAAACUCGCAGAGAGCUGAGCAACAGGAGGAAGAUCCUUAUUAAGAACCUGCCACAGGAUACAACUAACCAGGAGGUCCAUGAAAUUCUGCGAGAGUAUGAGCUCAAAUACUGUUUUGUGGACCGAAACAAAGGAACAGCCUUCGUAACCCUUCUAAAUGGUGACCAGGCACAGGAUGCCAUCCGAACUCUGCACCAGACAUCGGUCCGAGGCCGUGACAUCACCGUCCAGCUUCAGCCCACGGACUCUCUCCUGUGUGUCACCAACCUGCCCUACACGGUCACUGCCGGCCAGUUUCAGGAGCUGGUGCGUUCCUAUGGCAACAUUGAGCGCUGUUUCCUGGUGUACAGUGACCUUACGGGCCACUCCAAAGGCUACGGCUUUGUGGAGUACAUGAAGAAGGACUCGGCCUCCAGGGCACGGUCAGAACUCUUGGGCAAACCGCUGGGUGACCGUGCACUCAUGGUGCAGUGGGCUGACGUCAAUCAGCUGACCUCUGCUGACCACCUCCACUCCAAGUGCCUAUGCGUGGAUCGCCUGCCGCUAGACUUUGAAGACUCGGAGGAGCUAGCUCACAUUUUUUCAGAGAGCUACAAACCCGUCUUCUGCCAGCUGGCUCAGGAUGAAGGAAGUCCAGUGCGGGGUUUUGCUGUUGUGGAGUAUGAGACGGCGGAGCAGGCUGAAGCCAUGCUGCUAGAGAUGGACAGACAGCUGAUCCAGGGUCAGGAGAUACGUCUGUCACUCUGUCCCCCAGGAACCUCUGGACGCAGCACUCUCGCCGCCCUCAUCGCUGCUCAGGGUGUGAUGUUGAGCAAUAAGAAAGGUUUACUGCCUGAACCCAAUCUGGCCCAGUUCCUCAACAGUAUGACCAAUCCUGCUGCUCUCCAGGUCCUUAUGAGACCCUACCCCACCGCCAAACGAGGAGCAGGAAAGUUUGGUCGACCUCACAAUCUCCCCUUCCUGCGUCCACCGUUGACUGCAGCGUUGCUACAGUUAGGAAAAGCACAGCAGAGUGCCAUUCUUGGAAACGGUCUUGUUCUACAGAAUCUUCUUCACAUGCAGAUGGCCCAACAACAGCUUUUACAGAUCAAAGACAAGCAAAUCACUAAUGUCCAGGGUCUUUUAGGUGACCCCUCCCGGCUGCUCCUGCAGAAAGUUCUGGGUCUUCGAACUCCAACACCGGUUUCUCUGGGGAAGGGGUUGUUGGGAGAUUCUCCCACAGAGUUGGGCCAAGACUCCUCUCCGGUCACAUCCCACGGGGGAAACUCUGGGGCUGGAAUGGUGUCACAUGUACCUGGACGUUCACAUGCGAGUUCCAUCACUGAACAGAAUGGAGUCACUGCGACAUGCCUGGCUCCGGAGAAACAGCCUGCUCCACCAGGAACCACAGGGGGAUCUGUAAGCUCCCAAACACAGCUUCAAAACUUUCUCCCUGGGAUUAACACACCAAGUCUGGGACAUUUGCUGGGGAGCACAACACACAAAGCUCCAGCCAACCACCACAGUUCAAGUGUCCAGACUAGUACUGCUGUCACAAGUCAGUCCAGUUGUCAGACGUCUCUGUUGGGAGACCCUCCUAAAGAAGUGAAGUUGCCUUCCAACCCAUAUCUAAACCUGGCUAGCGUGCUUCCUGGAGUGGUACUACAAGCACCUUGCAACAGUAAACCUCAGACUGUGCAGGCACACACUGGGACAUACAGUGCAGUCCUGCCACCUAACACCCACCCUCCCAGUCAAUACAGCGCAGAGACCACUCCUGCAGAAUACAGUCACCAAUACACUCAGCAAUACACACAGGAGGCCAUGCAGCAGUGGUAUCAACACUACCAAGCACAGACCUACGGCAAUACAAGCCAAGAGACGGCUGCAGUUACUGAAUGCACAAAAGAGCAACCUCAGGUGGUGGUCACCUCCUCAUAUGGAGACUACAGUUCCUACAUGCAUGCUGUCAGUCAGUACUAUUCUCAGACGCAGAUGAGCCAGACAGCUGCUCAAGUCUACCAGCACCGAGAUGUCAGCAAGGAGGUGGAGUUGGUGAAGACCCCCUUGAGUGCACCUCUGCACACCUCUCUGAAUGGCAGUGCUCAGACCCUGCUGCCCACCUACAGUGCCCUUCCCAUCAUGCCAGGCUUCAUCGCACCUACACACACGCACACACACACAGCCAGCCCUGCCACACAGACACCCGCUGUACCCACAGCCAAUGACUGGAACAACUACUAUUAUAGUCAGGCUAGAGGGCAAAAGCGAGAAUACCCAACACUGCCUACACAGGAAGUGACAUCAGAGGGGCCGUAUGUAGGCCAGCACUCACAAGGUCUUGGAGGCCAGUAUGCAGACUACUUCAAGAAGAAGAGGAUCUAACUCGCAUUUGCUCUCACUCCUCGCUGUAUGUUGUCGUUGUCAUGUCCAGGCCUUAACUUCUAGUCUAUAACUGAUAUUUAUGAAAAGAUUGUACAUUUUAUUGUGCAGAAGGAGGUUUAUUCCCCUUCUUGAACCUUAUGUGGAUCUGGGUACUGUUCAUAUUUCUGUCCAACAGCAGGCAGGACCUCCCAAGAUUGUCCCAAAUGAUGCGUUAAGAUAAUUAGUAUUUUCUGUUCUGCCUUUUUACCUCUCUCGCAGGCGGGGCGCACCAUUCCACUCCAGAGAGGGGGUUCCGUGUCCGUGUUUUACUGUACUAACGGUCAAGGGCUGAUAAAGAUAGAGCUACACUCAGAGAAUAACAAUUUUCAAAGAUUUUUUUCCUGACAGGGUAGGGCAUAGCCAAUGUAUAUUGUAUAUUCUGCAAAAUUAGUGUAUUUUUUACAGUGUACAGACAUUAUGAAAAUAUUAUUAAUAUUACGUCUUGCUUGUCAUUGUUUAUCUUGACUAUCAAUCCGCUUUCUUAAGCGUACAGGAAAUGCACAUACUCGCGCGUUCAUAUCUUUGACGAUUAAUCUUUAACGUGUCUCUGUACAUACUGCUGUAUCUGUAGGAACGAUCAGCCAUUCUGAAUACUGCAGGAGCCUUAAAACACGGCGCUCAGAGAAGACAUGGCUAAGGCAAUAACCUCUACCGUCUCUGGAGAAACGACUACCGCAUACUUUAAGGUGACUUUCCCUCCAGAUGUCGGUGGGGUGACCUUCACACAACCUUCAGCUACAAUGCUGCCAGUGGUUUGUUUUUAAUAACAUUAAGAGUAAUAAUAUAUUACUAUAGCAGUAGUAAUAAUCUGUUGGAAGGAUGUCAAGGGUUCAAGUGCUACGUAUAGGAUAGAAACCUGGCAAAAUGUCCGGAUGCAAACACCCACAUGGUAAUAAUCUAGCAUAAUGCCUUUAUAUGGAUAUUAGUCAGCUGUUGUUCUGUGGUUUAAUUUCUUUACAUCUUUAAUGGAGAGAGUCUAUUAUUUUGGUGAUUUUUAUGCUGCAAAAAUCCUGUUUUUAAUCCGUAUCAGUCUUUUUUUAAGUUAAAAUGUGUUUUUUAAAAAAAGAUAAAUAUAAAUGAGGCAAAAUAAGUGAGAUAUUAAGAUAAUGCAUCUUGAAGAUGCCAUGUUGUCAUGUUGUGUGGUAUUUUUUUCUAAAUUUAGAUACCUCAAACAACUGCCACAAAUCUCCCAAUGGAUCAAAUGAAGUCUUAAAGUCGCAUCAAACAUUAAAAUUCUGCCAUUCCAUCCUCAUGUUGUUCAAAACAUGUUUUUUUGUUUGUAAUUUUAGUAUUAUUUAUAUACCAUAAAUAUUUUUAAGUAGCUUUUAUUUUUAUAUUUUCAGUUUUCAUUUUAAUUUUACGUUUUAGCGCCUUUGUUGUGUUUUUAGUUUGUGUUUAAUUUUUAUCUUUCUAUUUAGCUUUAUUUUUAUUUCAGUUGUAGUUUUAACAAUUGUAGUACUUCUACAUUUAUCGUUUUUGUUUUUAAAGUUUAGGCUUUUCAUCUAAUAUUCAGAUUUUAUUUCAGCUUCAUUUCAAUUAAAACACUUUUUUUUUUUUAUAGUUUUAGGUUUAGUUUUAGGUCCUUACAAUGGAAGUCAGCGAGGUUUAAUUUUGUUUUGGACCCCAUUGAGUUUCAUUGUAUAGACAAAACAGUUGAAACGUUCUUCAUAAUUAGGACUUGAGGGUGAGUAGUGACAGAAUUUUGAACUAUCCCUUUUACUUUGAAUUGAGCUUGUUUAGAUAUUAUUAGUGGUAAACGAGACAGAAACUCAUUAAGAAUUGGUUUUUUUGCAGUAUGCCGUGUUGAUUAUUGGUCAAACGCAGUCUGCCAGCAGAUUGUCUUGAAAGGAGCUGUCAUACAGGCGUUUGCCUGGCAUGUUCAUCCGUUUAUGAUUAAGGCUGUGUGCCUUCUUUUUUCCACACUAUUGAAGUGAUUGUCACUUAGUUGUUCUCUCUAGCUGAAAGCCAUUCUUUCACCUCCACAACAAACUGACAGUACAUCUGAGGAGGAGCCUCUGUUACUGCGUCCUAUUUAUGUUGCUUUAUUGUGUUAUGACAAGUAUAAAGACAAUCCCAAAUUUACAUCUGUACCUGAGGCUCUGCGUCCCACUUUCAGCACAAAAACCACCAUUUAUAAACACAGAGGCCUUUUUUCUUUUUUUUUGAGGGAAUACUAGAAAUGGUUAAGUUUUUAGUUUACACGUUUCUUGUUAGUUUAGUUUGACUUGUGCUGUAUGUUUCUAAUCAGAAAUAAGAUUUGUUGUAAAAUGACACGCUACAGGGAUUAUAAAGCACAUGUAUAUUUAGUCACCUUCCCAUGUGUCUUCUCUCUCCUGUUCUUCAAACGUACUACUGCUCCAAAUGAGGUGACUCUUUUACCUUGAAAAGAGAGGUUUGACUUUGUUUAUUCUUGUUAUUUUCAUAUAAAACUACAUAACGAAAUUAAAUAAUCUUUCAAAAGUGUUCCUGUUUCUAUAGAAAGAUGAAGGAUGGAAAAUUGUGCCUAUUUGCAUUUACUAACCUGCUAUUUCUUACCUUAUGGCUUAUGGCCAUACUGAUGUUCCCCUUGUAUUUCAAGUCAAGACUGUAACGUAUCGUUCCGAUUCCGCACAUCUGUCCACUCACUGCGAGGUCACUUUUACCCCUCUGAAUGUCAUGAACGUGUAUGUGUGCACUUGUAUCUCAAAGCUUUGCAAUACUGAAGUGUCUCUUAAUGAUGUAGAAGGUGUUCAAACACGCAGGGUUAUCAACACUAUUGUGCUUUGUACUCAUAUUGCAGCCUGUUUUUAGUUUACAAGGUUGUAGUUUGUUUGGGGUUUUUUUUUUCACCUUGAAUUAAAAUUUUGCAAUAUUUUAUAAUCCAAACUCUAUUGAUAUUGCUUUACUGUGAAUAAGCUAUUUUUAGAAACAGUGGAAUUGAAGCAUGCGUAUACUCCUGCAAUACAAGAAACUUUUUUCUUCUUUUUUUCUGUAGAUGUUUCAGAGCUCAACGCUUUUGAGUAUUUAACUACAACAACAAAAAAAAUGUAUUUAUUUAUGUGUAUUUAUGUAUCCUGUUCAAUACGAUUUUGUUGUCAUUCUUUUUGAGGAAAAUAGGUUUGGGUUUAAUUUUGAGCAGAUGGAAUUGUUUUGCAAUCCACAUUAAAGGACAGAAAAACGA